GUUGUCAGAAAAAAUCGAUCCAUGGCAAUUUGGUAUAAUGAUAUAUGAAUUAUUAUAUAAACGAGAUGGUGUAAUAAAAACUCCAACUUAUAGUCCCCUUACAAAAUCUCCUCUAAGCUCUUUUAAAUAUCCGUCACCAUCUCCUAAAUAUUCACACAAAUCGCCAAGUAUCCAAGGAAGUACAAGCGAAAUUAUUGAGACUUACUCUGCAUCUAUUUUUAAUUAUGAUUAUUUUGACAGUCAAUUAAACAAUUAUCGAAUGGAUAAGAGUAAAAACAGUCUUGUAGAUCGAGUUAUAAAAAAAUGCAUUCAGCAUGAAGAAAACCGACGUUCAAAAAUGUCUGAAAUAGUUGAGUUAUUUAACCAAAAAGGUAAAAAACAAUUAGAAGAUGAUAAAGGAGAGGAAAUCAGUUAUUUUUUGGAUUGA